UUCAGGACUCUACCUGCAGUGUGUGCGUCUCUUUAAAGGCGGACUGGGCGGGUCACAUGUCCAGCUCCGGUGUCCCCUCCUCCGUGUCUUACCGGAGCCUGGAGUGUGUGUGUAUGUGUGUAUGUGUGUGUGUUGAUGUUGUAACCCGGCCGCCGGCCUCCCUCCGCUCCUCCGUGUCCUCUCCGUGUCUCGGUGUGUAUAUAAAGGCCAGAGGGAUGCCAGCCCGCUGACCGGGGAAGAUGCUGCCGCUCGGUCUGAUGCUGCUGCUGCUGACGGCCGCCGCCGCCGCCGCCGACCUGCCCGGGACGGCCGCUCCGCCGCUCCGGGGGCCGGGGCUCGGCUUCUCUCCCUCCGCCCCGCCGCUCCUUCCUCUCCCGCAGCCCGGGAUGGAAUACGGGGCGCCCGGUGUAGCCUUGGCCCGGUCGGCGGCGGAGGAGCCGGCCGGCCCAGCAGAGGAGGAAGAGGAGGGGGGACAUCAUCAUCACGGCGGCGGGUACCGGGUGGUCCAGUGGGAGUGGAGCUACGUCCAGACUCCGUACAUCAUCGCCAUCUGGCUACUGGUGGCCAGCGUGGCCAAGAUCCUGUUCCACUUCUCUCAGCGGUUCACCACCGUCGUCCCGGAGAGCUGCAUGCUGAUCCUGCUGGGUCUGGUCCUGGGUGGCAUCGUCCUCAUAGCCAAUAAGAAGCAGUUGUACCAGCUGGAGCCCGCCCUCUUCUUCCUCUUCCUGCUGCCCACCAUCGUUGGUGAUGCCGGAUACUUCAUGCCGGCCCGCCUCUUCUUCGACAACCUGGGCGCCAUCCUGUUGUACGCCGUGGUGGGAACGCUGUGGAACGCCUUCUGCACCGGCUUCUGCCUGUACGCCGCCAAACUGCUGGGGGUCAUAGACGAGCGUGUGCAGGCCGACCUGAUGGACUUCCUGCUAUUCGGCGCGUUGAUCUCGGCCGUGGACCCGGUGGCGGUGCUGGCCGUGUUUGAAGAGGUUCAUGUCAACGACAUGCUCUUCAUCAUCGUGUUCGGAGAGUCGCUGCUUAACGACGCUGUCACCGUGGUUUUAUAUAAAGUCUAUAUUUCAUUUGUGGAAGUCGGAGUAGAAAACGUUCAGAUGGCAGAUUACUUCAAAGGAGUCGCCUCCUUCCUCAUCGUCAGUGUCGGAGGGACUCUGGUGGGUCUGGUCUUCGCCGUCAUCCUCGGCUUCAUCACUCGCUUCACCAAGAAGGUUCGGAUCAUCGAGCCGCUCUUCGUCUUCCUGCUCGUCUACCUCGCCUACCUGACUGCAGAGCUCUUCUCCCUGUCCGCCAUUCUGUCCAUGACCUUCUGCGGCAUCGGAGCCAAUAAAUACGUGGAGGCCAACAUCUCCCAGAAGUCUCGGACCACGGUGAAGUACACGAUGAAGACUCUGGCCAGCAUCGCAGAGACCAUCAUCUUCAUCUUCCUGGGCAUCUCAGCCGUGGACAAAUCCAAGUGGGCCUGGGACACCGGCCUGGUGUCCUGCACCCUCGUCUUCAUCUUCAUCUUCAGAGCCAUGGGUGUGAUUGGUCAGACCUGGGUUCUGAACCGCUUCCGUCUCGUCCCGUUGGACAAGAUUGACCAGGUGGUGAUGUCGUACGGUGGCCUGCGAGGGGCGGUGGCGUUCGCUCUGGUGGUGCUGCUGGACGGCGAGCACGUCAAAGCCAAAGAUUACUUUGUCGCCACCACGAUUGUGGUCAUCUUCUUCACCGUCAUGUUUCAGGGUCUGACCAUCAAGCCUCUGGUAAACUGGCUCAAAGUUCCUCGCUCCACCAGCAGGAAGCCGACCAUCAACGAGGAGAUCCACGAGAGGGCCUUUGACCACAUCCUGACAGCAGUGGAGGACAUCGCAGGACUGCAGGGAUACCACCACUGGAGAGACAAGUGGGAACAGUUUGAUAAGAACUACCUGAGUAAGCUGCUGCUGAGGAAGUCGGUGUACAGGAAGAGCGAGCUGUGGGAGGCGUAUCAGAAGAUCAACAUCAGAGACGCCAUCAGUGUCAUCGACCAGGGUGGGAACGUCCUGACCUCAGCCAGGCUGUCUCUGCCCUCGAUGGCCAGCAGAGCCUCAUUUCCUGAGGUCACCAACGUCACCAACUACCUGCGUGAGAACGGCAGCGGUGUGUGUCUGGACCUCCAGGUGAUCGAUAAUGUCCCCGGGGCCAAAGUGGAGGAAGACACCGAGACGCAUCACGUCCUCACUGGAAACCUGUACAAACCCCGGAGACGGUAUCAGUCGCACUACAGCCGUCACUUCAUGCCUCUGGGGGAGAAGGAGCGUCAGGAUCGGGAGGUGUUUCAGAGGAACAUGAAGAGCCGCAUGGAGACGUUCAAAUCCACCCGACACAAACGACACAAGAAGGAGCGCAGCCUCAAGAAGCGGCGAGGAUCCGACGCCAAGGAGGACGGCAGCGACAAACCCAGACGCAACGUCAGCUGGCAGGACAAAGAUCCGGUGGUUGUUCCUGUGGAGUCGGAGGAGGAGAAAGCCGAACACUCGGACCCUGAGAAGGAGGAAGACGUCGGGAUCACCUUCGUAGCUCGCAAGGCCGAGACACCAAAACAGCGACCCAAAUCAGUCCCAGCAGCUCUGGACGGGUGUCCGAGUCCAUCAGCCGCCCCGCCAUCGCCCACCAGCGGACACAGCCAUUUGCCGUGGAAGGGCAGCGUGGGCUCGCCGCCUCCCUGUGUGUCUGUGGAGGCCACGAAGAUCAUCCCUGUGGACCUCCAGCAGGCCUGGAACCAGAGCAUCUCCUCCCUGGAGAGCAUCUCCUCGCCGCCGGCCCCUGCCGAGCCCGUCCACCCGCGGGUGAGCGCCCUCUCCAGACUGGGCGCAGCCCGUCCCGCCUCCUACACCCCGCCGAGCAGCGUGACGGGCAGCACCUCCUCCAUCGGAGCGCCACUGGGUCAGGGCUCCUUCUGCUUCCCAGAGAAGAAGAAGGAGGAAGAGGAGGAGGAGGAGGAAAGUGGAGUCUUGCAGGAGAUGCAGCCACUCAUGUCAUCCCUGAGGCCCCCCGGCUCUCUUCCGCCGCCGCCGCUGCCACCCGGCUCGGGCAGGCGGAGGAACCCGUGCGUGUACCUGAGGAGCCUGGUGACGGCGCCGCCUCCUGGCAGCGAGCCGCACAGCCGAGGCCCCACCCAGCUUUAACCACAGAUCAGUAAAACAUCCGUCACCUGCGGGGCGGAGCAGGAACUGUUCUCCACCAAUCAGCAGCUUCAGGACACUUUCACUGACACACACACACACACAUCAGGCGGCGUGCUGCCUGUCAGGCCGUCCAAUAGGAAACCAGCUCGCUAUGUUCUCAGCUCACCUGAGAUUUCCUCUCCUGCAGCUUCAUGUCCAUCUGAUCUGAUAACCAUCAGUCCUGUCGUUGUCUUUGUCUUAUCCACGUGUUAGCAGUUAGCACAUCUAGUUUUUGGCCCAACGAAGAUUCAGAUAUCUUCCGACCAGUCCGACCAGUACAUAGAGCUCAAUCUGUAAUCUGAGUCCAUCCUGAGGUGACCAGGCUGCAGGGGUCAGAGGUCACCUGUUAGUCCAUCCAAUCACUGCCGCUCUGAGCUGCACAUCACCAGCAUGUAUGUGUUCUCAAAGGUGUUUUCAGAUUAGAGGAACAGACAGCGGACAGGUGUCAGUAGUUGCUGUCAGUAGAGAUGUUUCAUUUUUUCUUCUUCUGCUGUUGUCCCGUCAAUCACAUGACACACUAAAAAGAAACACGGUCACAUCCAUGACUUUGUUAUUCUCUGUUGGCCGGGUCAACAGUUCAUUCAAAGAGUCACUUUAACAGCAGCCUGAACAGCCGUGUGUCACCUCUGACCACACCCACCAGUGAUGUCACGUCUACAUCACUGCAGCGAGGUGAGACGUUAAAGCACUGGAGGUCAGGUGAAGUUACUCUUUAAGGCUCCACAUUUUAAAGUAUGAGUCUGGUGUUAUUCUAUAUUUUACUUCUCAUGUUUAUCCUCAAACUCCUCACAAAUAUGUCAUUUCAUUUACAAAAUGUCCUCAAACAGCAGCUCACUGUAGUUUUUACCAAACAAACAUUUGUUGGGGAUUAUUUUGAAUCCACAGUUGAUGCUCUAGUGCAGCGGUUCCCAAACCUUUUAACCUUUGACCCCUUAAAACGAAGCGACGUCUUCUUGCGACAGGUUUGUCACAAGUUUCCAUCCAAGCGUUCACAGCUUCCUGCUGCUGGAAGCGUUUUGAUAGCAGCUCGGUGUCAGUAAUACAGACACGUUCAUGGUGAUGAAGGAUCAUCAUCUGACUCACUGACGUGUUUUUAAUAGUUUGGACAAAGAAGAUAUAUCACAGUACUUGUUAGAAGAUCAAUGAAUUGCUGGUUUGAGUCUGAACAUGAAGAAAAAUGCAGAAUAUCACCAGACAUUAAAUAAACACUCUGAAUUUGUUAUUGUGUCCAACAGAUCCCAAACUGGUGAUCAGGGGGCGCUGUUGGUCCUUGUAACAGAAUCAUUGAAGCAUUCAUGAACAGGAUCAGCUUCUUUAGGUCUUUACAGGAAAACCAGUGCAGUAUUGAUCAGUCCUGCAAUUAAAACUAUGUAAUCAAUCAAAACCUUAAAUCCUGCUGAGGGUGAACACUGCUGGAUAAAUCCUCUUUAUUACAUUUUGGGUCAUCGUAGUUUUGUUUCAUUUCUAUCAGUUAUAUAAUUGUUCUCAUCAUGUUCAGUGUUUUUUAUCUCAGCUAUUAGGUUGGUGAGUAAGAUGUUAUCACAGCAGGUAGAAAUGAAGCAUGAGAAAUAUUAUUUAAUGGAGAUCAGUCUGAACACUGCACAGCUUCACCUGCAGUCACACUCUAAACUUUUAAAACCUUUAUUUCUCUGCUUUUCUUUCCAAACAGGUGCAAAUAUGCAUCCACACAUCUGACAUGUAUAUUUAUUCUAUCAAAGCUGCUCAUAUAAAUUCUAAAAAUGUAUUUUGUAAAGCUGAAAAUAUAUAAAAUCUACAGAGUAGUUUAUUUUGAACGACCAAAGUGUAUAAAAAAAAGAGCAUAAUGAACAUUUAUACAGUGUGUAUCUGUCUAUAACUGCCUUACUCAGUCGUGUCUGUGUUGCUGUGUGAGUGUGUGUGUGUGUGAGUGAGUGUGUGUGUGUAGGAGGAGGCCAAUCAUCAGACUGUCUACAGGUUUAUUAUUCCACCAGCAGGUCGGGUGCACGCUGAAAGUAAAGAUGUUUCUGUGAUUGUUUCUUUAGUUUUCAGUCUGUCGUCUCUCGUUUUGCCAAAGAGUCUGUUCGCCUUAAUGUCAGCUUCAGCUUCUUCAAUCUGAUUCAAAGUCCUGCAGCCGCUGCAGCAGUUUAACUUCAGCUUGAAGCCUGUUUGUCCUCCUCUGUGAGGGGAGGUUUAGUCCCAAAUCAUGACACUAAUGUGCAUAACAUCGUGCAUUUCAGGUAGAGGGUAAAAAAAUACUCCUAUUCCCAUUCUGCACCCUCCAAAACCAAUGUGCAAAUCUGAGCCAACCCUUCACUCACCGCAAACAACAUCAGUCAUAAAUGUUUUACUGUUGCAGACAACAUGCAGUGUUAAUACUGUAGAGCUAAUUCUCCAGAGAAAGAUAAGACUUGUGACUGUUCAGUCUUGUCUUGCUGGUGCUUUUUUUACUCAUUAGAUGGAGACUCAGUCUUACUCUCAGCUGUUCUUUUUGGAUCCCAAAACAGAUCCAUGUUGGUUUUAAUGAACACGAACAAACUAGAAAAAGUAAUAUUACCUCGCUAACAAAACACUCUUAUUUGAUUGAAUGAAUAACAUCAGUCAUAUGUUGAGAGACAGUCGGUUGAUGAAAGAGUUAAAAACACUGUUCCUAGUCAACAUAGCACAAUAUCCCAUAAAGCAGUGUUUACCUUGAUGAUGGACUUUGUGCGAUCUGUACAGUAUGUUUGCCUUUUCAGGCUCUCCCGUGCCAUUAAGUCAGAUAUAUCGGAGGUGUCAUGACUUGGAUGUUGAUGUGAAUCAUAUUUACAAUCUGAAAAAUGAUAAUUAUGUCACUUCCCAUAAGACAUGACGUUAAGAACAAACUAUCAAUAAAGUUCAACACAUUAACUGCCACUGACAAAACACAAGAAUUAUAUUCUCCUGUUUAAUGGAUACAUGUAGACUACUGUGUCGUUUUCAGAAUUCAGUCUUUAAAAGUGUUUUAUCGUUUAUGGUUUUCUCUUUUAAACACUGAGGAGAGAAGUUCUACAAUCUUACAACUGUAAAACUGUACGAACUGAACAGUUCUUACUGCUCAAACAAACCUCAAACGUACUUCAGGUCAACAGUUUAACCACUUUUCUAAAUCAAAGCUCUAGCCAGUAUAUUAAACUGCAGGUAACCAUAGCAACAGCACUGAUGCUUUAGUUAACUGACUGGUUAAACUAACCCGAACCAUUUGGGUAAAAAAGAGGAGGAGGAUUUAAACACAGAGACAAUAAUGUGUCAGGUGAAAAAAGAAGCUGAAUCUUACAAGCUAUAAGAUGAUGCUGUUUCACUGCAGGUCACUCUGGACUCAAUUCUUUCUGUUAGUUCAGCUGCUGUUGGAUUAAAACCCUGAUUAAACUUUACUGUCGACUUCUUUACAGCUGAAUGUUCAGCUGGUGCAGCAGGCUGCGGGGCUGCUCACGCUCUGUGUUGUCUUUCUCAUUGCCUCAUUGUACCGCAGUGACUGUAAUAACAGACAAAAACAGAAACAUGUUGCUGCAUGUAGAAAUGCCUUUAUGUCAUAUAGAUACUUGAACUGGAGCUGACACCAGACCAGUUGUGAGGUGGGGUAACAGUUUAGUUCCAGCUCAGAAACCUUAGAAACCUGUCCUGUUGAUCCUCACUGCAGUGUUUCAUCCAGCUGUCAGUGUGGCUGUUUUACUGUUCUUUCAUGCUGCACUUACUCUGUUAUUCUUUAAUUGGACACAGACACAAGAAUGUGCUGCAGAGAUAACAUCUCUUUUUGUUUCAGAGGUUUUUGUUUCAUCUGUGAUUCAGGUUGUUGUGUGGAAAAAUCGAAUGAAACGUAUCCGCCUUUGUGCCAAAUGUUUGUUAGCUUUGGCUUCUGCCCAGAGAACUAAGAGUCAAGUCAAUAAAUGUAAGGUGUGUUUUCUGAAUGAAA